GCAUUAAAAUAUAAAUGAUACAACAUGAUACGAGACCAUCUAUCUCUGUAUUGCUAUACCUGAUACGGGUUAUCUAGUGUCUAGUUAGCGUGGUUUUAAAACUUUUUUACAAUUAUGUAUGCAGUAUGAUUUGGUAUGAUGGUGACUAUUUUGACCUGAAGGCUGUCCAUUGGAUGAAAAGUUAUAGUACGUCAUUAUUACAUGUUUACAUCUACAAAAGUCAGAAGAAGCAUUUUCUUCAAAUCAGUUAUCAAAAACUGGUGUAUUUUUCCUUAAUUUAUCAUGGUUUGGGAUGAAUGCUAUGUAUCUUAUUCUCUCAGUAGAAGUUGUACCAAGUCAAGUCCAUGCUUUAGUUGGUUCAGAAAUGAAAGGGCAGAUAUUUGGUGCAAUGGUUGCACUUGGUGCAGUUGUGACAUUCAUUGUAAGUCCACUAAUUGGAAUCCACAGUGAUCGAUUUGCUUCGCCAUUUGGUAAACGUCGUCCAUUGAUGGUUGCUGGUACAGUUUUGCUAAUAAUUAGUUUAUUUGGUAUGGCCUUUAGUGCACCUGGAAGUGAAAGAGUGAAAGCUAAUGCAACAUGUUCUAUUGAUCUGGAACUAAGAAGGUGUACAACUUUUUACCAAAAUAAUCUUACACUCCUACAAAAUAUUGCAUUGAAUUCUACAUUUAACUCAACUGUGUUGCUUGAGUUAAUGUCACAGCAACAAGUUGCUACUGGUAGUUUAGGUUUUUACUUCUUAUUUUAUUUAUGCGUAAUGGCUUGUUAUGCAAUUGUAGCAGUCCCUUACAAUGGACUUAUUGCUGAUCAAACACCUGCAACUCAACGUGGUUUUAGUUCUGGUGUAAUGGGAGCUAUGACUUUGUUUGGAAAUCUUGCAGGUGCUGUUAUUGGCUUCUUUUUUAAUAAAAUUGGUGUUGUACCCACAUAUUCUAUCAUAUCUGGUCUUUACUUUGUAUGUGUGGUUAUAACAGUAAUAUCCUGCUCAGAAAAGCCAUCAUAUGUUAACGAAGUUAAAAAAAAGAUUGACACAAAAAUGCUUUUCAGUGCUUAUUGGGGACCACUUAGAGAACACGAUUUUCGCUGGGUGUUUCUUACACGGUUUCUUAUGCAGCAAGGUGUUGCUACUGUUGUUGGUUUUCUAGAGUAUUGGUUAGGGGAUAUGGUAGAAUUGCCUGCUUGUUGGACCCCUGAAAAGGCUGUGGCCGUUAUCCUGUUACCUUUGCUUUUGUCUGCAGCAAUUUUUUCAGUUGUUGGUGGAUUCUUGUCAGACAAGCUUAGAAAAAGAAAACCUCUUGUAAUUGGAUCAGCAAUUUUAAUGGCUGUUUGUUCUUUUAUUUUGGCAUUUAUUGGAUUACAAGGAAAAUAUGCUUUUUAUGCAGUGAUUCCUGUUUCAUUGACAUUUGGAAUUGGUUUUGGGGCUUACUCUGCAAUCGAUUUUGCGUUGGUUUUAGAUGUUCUCCCAGAUGAUAGAGAUAUAGCAAAAGAUCUUGCAGUAUGGCAUCAGGCUCUUGUGUUGCCACAAGCCAUUGCUACGCCAAUAGGUGGUAUUGUAUUGGAUGGUUUUAAUCAUGUAAACUGUCAUUGGGGGCUUGGAUAUAUUAUACUGUUUCUUAUAACUUGUGUUUAUUUUGCGAUAAGCGCUUAUAUGGUUCGUUUCAUAAGAAAGGCCAAGUAAUCUCUUUCUAAUCUGUUAGGCGCUAAUUAAAAACUCAAUUUAAAAUUCUAUCUAUUUAUACAUUGUAAAAAAUUUCAUUCAAAUUUUAAUAGACUAUUUAUUGUA